AUGGCCGGGCUGGACGCGCAGAGCGACACGACCAGCCAUGUGGCGGCGGACGACCGCGCGAGCGACGCCUCGGAGGAGACGGCGCCGUCGCUGGACGGCGUCCACGUCGCCGCCGCCCCCCUCGACGCCGCCACGGCCGCCUUCCCCAUCGGCGCCGGGGGCAUCAAGGAGGUGAAGGAGGGCGGGCGCAAGCUCGGGCUCAAGAUGAGCUUCCGCACGCUGUCGUCGCCGCGGAGGGCGGAGAAAGAUAAGAAUGAGCCAUCACGCUUCCUGGGAGAAGGGGUGAGCUUCAAGGCAAAGUUAAUCGGUAUUUUAGAAGUGAGUGAAGCUCGAGGAGAUAGAAUGUGCCAAGAGGCAUUGGCUGACUUGAAGAUGGCAAUACGGGCCGCUGGAGAGCACAAGCAGAGAAUUAACAUAAACAUUGCCAUUGAUGGUUUAAGACUGAGAGAUGAAAAAACAGGGGAUUGUCUCUACCACCACCCGGUUCACAAAAUAUCUUUCAUUGCCCAAGACAUGUCAGAUUCAAGAGCAUUUGGAUACAUUUUUGGUUCACCAGAUACUGGUCAUAGGUUUUUUGGAAUAAAAACUGACAAAGCUGCUAGUCAGGUAGUCAUCGCAAUGAGAGAUUUAUUUCAAGUGGUUUUUGAACUCAAAAAGAAAGAAAUAGAGUUGGCUAAACAGCACAUAGAACAAACACAAAUUAAGUUAGGAGCUGGUUUGUUUGUGGACUCAACUUCCAGUUCUAAGAAUGGAAGUAGCAGUUCAGAUCAAGCAGCAGCCAAAAUGAGAACAAUUCAAGAAGACACAGUGAAGGAAAAUGGUACAGGAGGAUCUUCUUCAAAGACAUCCCAACCAACAUCAGAGGUAAUAGCUGAUCUGUUGGAUUUGGAGUUUGAACUGAACAGUAUUCAGCAAGGCAUACAUCAAAUGGAGAGAAUCACACCUUCAGAUCCAUUUGGUCCCUCCACUAAAGAAGAUCCUUUUGCUACAGAUCCCUUUGGUGAUUCUUUCACACCUUCCACCAUGUUUCCUGCCUCUAAAUCUUCGAAACAACAAACUGUUGCUAUCUUGCCACCUCCGCCCUCUGCUAAAGACACACCCCGAUCAUCAGAUCCUUUCAAUGUACCUCCUUCGGGUCGUCACACACUGCGACGAACAUCUCGCCCUUCUCCUGCAGCAACAGCUACAGAGACCGUUGCAGCAGCUGCAGCUGCUGCUGCUGCUCCAGUGACAAAUAAUGUUAGUAAGCCAUUGCCUGUGCAAGCAGCUCCAGUGCAACAGCAAGAGAAACAUUGGUUUGAUCAGGAGACAGAGUCGUUAUUUGAUGAAGGUGAAUUAGUUACUCCUCCGCUUUCAUCCAGUACCAACGUUCAGAGUUUUCCAACUGUGCCACCUGCAAUUGUAGAUCAAGAAAAUCAAGAUACAGCAAAAAGUCCUCCACCAACUCAACAACUUCAGCAAAUUCAAACAGAAUCUAUACCAAAGACUGGAGGCCAAUUUGAUGUCUUCACAGAGUUAGAUCCACUGGGUACAGGGCGUGUAAAACCAUAUGUAGACAGAAAAGACUUCUUCCAAGAGCUGAAAAAUCCACCAAAGAAAGUGUUAAAAGAUUUAGUGACUGAGGCUCCAUCUUCAGAAGCAACUGCACCAUUGUUUCAUGCAACAUUUGAUACAGGUAGCAGCAGUUUAAAUGUGAAUGAUAGUGUGUCGUGUCCAUCGUCCAAAGAUGUGUUGUCCAGUGCUGAAACCACAACUACUACUAACACAAGUGUCAAUACUACGACAGUUUCUACCUCAACAUCCAGCAUUUUUACAUCAAUCAAACCAAUUGACAUUGACCCAUUUAAAGACACGGACCCUUUUGAUAAGACUGAUCCCUUUGCGGAAGACGACUUUUCACAGAUAGGAGGGUUUCCUCCCCCCGGAAGUUCUCAUGAUCCCUUUGAUACUGGAUUUGCAGAUUUCACUAUGUUUGGGAGAGGAAAAAAAGACUUAACUCCAUUUACAGAUUUGCCGGCAACUACUGAUGGAGAUACAAAAAGAUCAUCACCACUUCCCCACGUCGAAGCAGGAAUGUCGUCGGUUUCAUCACAACCGACACUUCAUGGUCCUUUACGUGUAUCCCUACCCCCCGAAAAAAACGUUGAAAGUUCAUUACCUCUUCCUCCUUUUCCUAGUUCGUCAGCCACACCUCGUCCACUUUCCAGCCCAUCUGGUACAUUGUCAAAGGCCAAAUCAAAAACGAGGCUCUCUAAACAGACUUCCCUUGCUACUGGCAUGGUGAAACUGCCCAGUCCAAAAUCAUCUCAACGUUCAUCUCGGCUCAUGAAACAAAUGACAGUAGACAGUGGUAGUGGUGUGCAACCUCUUCAAGCAAGUCCUACUCCUCAGAUGGUACCAACUCCUUCUCAUUCGGACCGAAAAUCACCUAGUAGUCAAGGCAUCCUUGAAAGUGUCACGUUGCGUAAUAGGUCAGUUGUAACACCUUCACCACCAAUAGUUGCAUGUUUUCCUGAGAUAACAGACAUGGACAGUUCGCGAUUAUCUGGCUCAAGUGCUGAACUAGCUGAAAUUGCCCCAGAACCGCCUCCCCGACCUGCAACCAAUAUUACCCCCAUUAAGCCCCCUCCACUACCGCCAAAGAGGCAACAAGUUGGAAACAUAAUGAAACCACCCCCUCGACCACCUCAUAGUGAUCAUCCACAUUAUGAUUACAUCGAGAACUAUGAAACAUCCAUUUCACCCACUCCACAGGAAGUGGAAGAGAUCAAAAGUCCCCCUAUACCUGUUCCUGCUCGUCGCCCUCGAUUUGGAGAUGCAGACCUUUCUGAAGUCCCUCAGAGGCCCAGGAGGCAAUACCAGUCAACUGCUUCUGCAAGUGAACCAGAUUACUUGCCACCUAUCCCUAUCCUUCCUCCGCCCCAGAAGAAGAGUCCUGCUGCAGAUGCCGGCAAGAGUCAUUCCACUUCCAAACCUCGCACACCUGUCAUGACCACAAUUGCUUCAAUUCUUCAAUCUUCCUCAAGCUCAACCACAACUCCUGCAAGUGAUCAUGUCAAACAGCCUGUUUCUGCUUCUUCUUUGAACAUAACCCUUAGUCAACUUACAAAAACUGGCUUAGCUGACUUAGCUGCUGCUCUCGGUGUUUCCCCUGGGCACCUAUCCAAUAUGACAUUACAAGAUCUCACCAGGUGCCUUGCCAAGCUCCAAGCAGCAGAUAACAACAUUGAAGAUCUCAAGUCAGAAGCCAGUGCCAUUAAAAGAGAUAAAUAUGAUGCUUUAAGAGAAUCAGUUGAUGAAGAACCAGAGUUUAAAGCAGAUUUUGAAACAAACUUUGAACCAUCGUCUUCGGAGAAACUGGAAGACGUUUUUCAAGAAACACCUUUUGACAAAUAUGCUGUUUUUCGUGAACUAAUUGGUCAAGAAAAACAAGAAGAAGCAUCAACAACAGCACCGUCAACUUCAGAAGUUGAACAAGAAACAGAAAAUACUAAAAAUCUUGAUGUAAUAGAAGAGAAGAAAUCUUCAGUAGAAGAUCCAAAAAUUGAAAAAACCCCUGAGGACAGAUACGCAGCUUUAAGAGAAAUAUCCUUGGGUGAGAAUGAUGGAGAAAAAGAGGAUGUUGAUACAUCUAGUGAGAAAGAAGAAGGUCCUACAGAAACUCCAAAACUUGAUGAAGACUAUGAUCUUCUAUCACUCUCCAGACAACAAAGUGAAGGUACAGAUUCUCCAACAAUAGAAGCCCCACCACCCAGAGAACCUCAAUCCAUAAUAGAAAGCACAAUAUUUGAAGAAGAUGUAAAUGCCUUGGAAGCAGAAUCAACAAUCUCAGAGGAAACCAUUCAACCUACAGAGGUGAGUAAAAAGGAAACACAAAGUCCAGUUGAAAUUACUGUAAAUAGCAAGGAAGAAAUUCCACAAAAUCAAAAAGAUUCAAGUAACCAGUCACCAGAACAGCUUGAAGGUAGUAAAGUUUCACCACCAGAGAGCAAGCUAGAAGAAACUUCAGAAGGCUGGGCUAAGUUUGACACCGGCACUUUCCCAGCGGAGAAGCAAACAUCAGAAGGUCAAAGUGAAGGUGUCAUUUCACCAUGGUCAUCAGAUGGAAAGGAAUUCAACAAACAGCUAUCGGCACAUCCUAGUGAACUCACUGAAGAAGAAAUAGAUAAAGGAAGAAGACGACGUGUUCGUAGGCCUGCUCAUUGGCAUGAAGAUGAUGAGUCAGAAGAAGGAUGGGAUGAACGCCGUCCAGAUGAAGGAGUGUGGGAGAGACCUUGGAGAGAGAAUGGAUGGAGUGAUGGUGAGUCAUUUUAUGAUGAUAUGCCACCUUACAGAGAUAGGAUGUAUUAUGAAGAGAGGCGGGGAAGAAGAAGACGAGUAUCUCCCUGGAAACGUGGCCAGAGAUCAUCAAGAGAUCCUUCCCCAUGGGAACAAGAAGGUAAAGAUGACGAAGAUGAAGAGAAUUGGGCAGGUCCAAUACCAGGACAGGCCAAGAGAUGGCCAGAAAGAUCAGCAGAUGAUGAAGAGGAAGAAGAAGAAUAUGAUAUUUCUUGGAAAAGCAGGCCAAAGCAUAGAGGUUCAUCUUGGGAUGAUGAAAGACACAGAAGGUAUGGAUCCAGAGAUAUUAAUGGAUCAGAAUAUGAAGAGAGAAGGAAACGCAAAGCAUCACCAUGGGCUGGAGGGCCACCGCCAGGAAGUACUGCAAGUGUAGGCAGUGGAGGUGGGGGCGUUAGUGGUGGCACUGUUAGUGGUGGUGGCAGUGGUGUUGGUGUUUGUGGAAGUGGUGGUGGUGGUGGCGGUGGUGGUGGUGGUGGUGGUGGUGGAGGAGGAGGAGGGAGUAGUGGUGGUGGAGGAGGAGGUCCAGGCAGUGUAGGUGGUGGCAGUGCUGGCAGUGGAGUGGGUGUUAGUGGUGGAGGUGUCGGGGAAGGUGAUAGGCGUAGCAGUUGGGAAUCUGGUUCAUGGGAUGAAGAUGAACGAUAUGCUCGUGAAUAUGGUGAAAGGCGAUACAGAGGAGAACGUGAAGAAGAUUACCGAUGGAGAAAAGAUUAUGAACUUGAUGGCAGGUAUGGAUGGAGUAGAAGAUAUGGAGCACCAGAUGAAGAGUAUGCCAGACCCGAACAUGCUCCUCGCAGGAAGCACAGGUAUUAUAGGGACAGAUCUCGAGAAUCACCCUGGGAAGAUGAAUACAGUGAACAAGGAGAAGAUGAAUCACCUAGAUAUCAAACUAGAAAAAGAAACUGGCCAAAAAGGCCUAGUAGUGCCUCUGAAAUGCGAAGGACAAUAGAUAAAAGUUCUCCUAGUGAAUAUAAGUCAAGAAUGAUGGAGAAGCAGCAGCACUCGUUACCAAAUGUGCCAAGACCAGAUGGUCCAGAAAAAAUUCCAGGGUACGGCUAUCCUGAACGAAGAUAUCGUGAUAAAAGUGGAUCUAGACCUAGAAGUAGAGAAGGCCAUUUUGGAUCUGAUCAAGAAUAUGAUUACUGGCCACCAGAACGUCCUAGGCGUCAAGAGAGAGAAGGAUACGAGCAGAGAUCUCAAACAUUGCAUCCUAGAAGACCUCCUCGACAUAAAAAAUCUGGAGAUUGGUCCUACAGCCAGAAAUCACCUUUUGAUGAUGAUUUUUCAAUGCAAGCCUUUGAAUUUGCAGAUGUCGGUAAAAGUCAACCUGGAGAACCAGAAGUCAGUGAUCCCACAAAAAAAAAGUCCCCAGCACCACCUAACCAAAGUAUUACUCCAUCAGGAACCUCCAUGCCUGCUGAACCAAUUGCAAAGUCAAAAGAGGGGCAAGUAAUGGAAAAUGAAACAAAAACUAGGGAAGUUUUAGGUAGCUUGCAUGAACACCAAAAUUCCCCCACCCCUGAGGAUCAGAGUAAAACACGAGCUUCUCGAGGGUCAAGUCAUAGACAGUCACCUUUUGAAGAUGAUUUUACUCCCCCUGAAAGUAGACAUGCCAGUGCAAGGCUCAUUUCUAGUAUAUCUAGUGACAUAAGUGAUCAUAGGAAGUCCCCUUUUGAGGAUGUUAGAAGUAGCUGCAGGGUUGAAAGUGUUGUGGAGGAGAAUGAGUGUGAAAGUGAAAAUGAACAAAAAAACGGUAAAGUCAAUGAUGAUGUGUUCCUUCCACCAGACAGUGCUCCUGAAUCAGGACAUUCUGUUGGAGAGCAAGUAUUUGCAGACUUUGAGAGUAGUAGUUUAAGUACUAGUAUAAGUGAAGUUCAGGCUCCAACUAAACCUUUGACAGACAGUAAACGUACUGAGAAAAGGCUGACUGGAAACCUCUGGAAUAGUGAAGACACAAAUAAAUCUGAAAAACAUUACACAGCCAUUAAAGGUCGGAUGUCUAACUUACUUCGAGCUGACUCUUCCUCGAGUUUACGAAAAUCAGAAUCUAUUAACAUUUUUGCUCGUGAAAGUGAUCCAUUUGAUGAUGAGUUCUUUAGUAGUGACAUGUCCGCCACACUUCCCCGACCAAAAUCUGAACAAGGACGGACGUCAGAGAAGUCUAGUGUAAAUAAUAAUUCAAGUGAUCCCUUCAAUUGGACAAAGGCAUUUGAUUCAUUCAACUUUGAAGAAGAAAAGUUUUUUCUAGUCCGUAACAUAAAGAGAGAAUGCUUCAUAGGAUUGUUUAUCCUUGCUGCUUUCUAUCCACAGAAAGAAAGUGGUGGAUAUAUUAUGCUUGAUAUAAAACUUCAGGAAUUAAGUGUAUUGUUGCAACUGUACAUUUCCAUUAUGUUGUAUAUUUAUGUUGUUCUUUCUCGAGAGUUGUUUAUAACUGGGAAGCACAAGUUGAUGUCACUGUGUUCACAUAAAGACAAAUAUCAUUUGAUUAAUUUCCUGAGAAAAAUUGCAACAAUUCAUUCUCAGUGA